AUGAGCAAACUCCGAACAUUUUCAACCGCGAAGUCACUGCAAGCACAGCCUGCAUCCAUACAGGCCACGCUGACCGAGAGAUCUCAGGGCAAACUUAGCGAACAGAACCUCGAGAGGGUAGUCCGACAUGUUCAUCAUGACGGGCUUGUAAUUGUCCAAAAUGCUAUUGACACCGGUGUUCUGUGCAAGUUGAACGAGAAGAUGGUCAAGGAUGCAUUCGAGUUGCGGUCGAGGGGCGAGCAUAGUCCCUUCAAUUAUAACAAAGGGAAUCUGCAACAGGAUGCGCCUCCUGUGAAGGAAUACUUCCAUCCGGAAAUAUUUCUGAAUCCAAUUGCCACCCAGAUAACAUCGGCCGUGCUUGGGCCCCGUCCCAAAUUGACCUUUUGCUCUGGGAAUUCAGCCAUGCCCUCCAUACCAGGCUCUCCUGCGGAGAGACAACCCGUACACUCAGACGCAGAUUUCGCACACCCUGACCAUCCCUUCGCGCUGGUGGUCAACGUGCCGCUGAUUGAUAUGAAUCCUGAGAAUGGGUCGACUGAAGUUUGGCUGGGCACACAUGACGCUUUCGGGAUUGAGGCGCAGGAAGGGGCACACGGCGAGCGAGCGUCGGGGAGAAUUCGUGCUCCAUUGCUGGCAGAAAGGUCGAAAACAAACCCACCCAUUCAGCCAUCCGUUCCCAGCGGUAGCAUCAUCAUCCGUGAUCUGAGACUCUGGCAUGCCGGCAUGCCAAACACGACUUCAGACGUGAGAAUCAUGUUGGCGAUGAUCCAUCUUGCUCCUUGGUAUCGCAAUCAGAUGAGGCUGGAGCUUGCUGAAGAGUUACGGCCGCUGGUGGAGAGUGUGCGGGACCUUGACAUCAAGACGGACUUUGUGGGCGAAGACGAGGCGCUGAGAAGAUACCUGAGCAGAGGUUUCGGGAACAGCUACGACUUUGGGCAAAGUUAG